AUGGUCUCCUCGCCGCUCCAUGAGAACGGAGACUCUGCCAUGGGUCAUCUGCGCAAUCGCUCCCUCACAAACCUCACCAGCCCGCCACUGGGCCGCAGUGACUCUGCACGCCUGCGCUCCAACUCGCACCGCAACAGCACACCCGUCGGCACCUUUGCCCCGCAGUUCAUCUCCGAAGACGACAACGAGGCCCCGCGUCUAGGAGGCAUCGUAGAGGGCGAGAACGACUUCUCCGGCAAGCGCUAUGUCUGGCUCAGAGACCCCACCACAGCCUUCGUCCGUGGAUGGGUUGUCGAGGACCUGCCAGGAGGACGUAUCUUGGUCCAAUGCGACAAUGGCACCCAGCAAGAUGUCGACGCCGAUGCCAUUGACAAGGUCAAUCCCGCCAAAUUCGACAAGGCCGACGACAUGGCUGAACUCACACAUCUGAAUGAGCCCUCAGUCAUCCAUAACCUCCAUAUGCGAUACCAGGCCGAUCUGAUAUACACCUACUCCGGACUCUUUCUUGUCACCGUAAAUCCCUACUGCCCACUACCCAUCUAUUCAAGAGAGUACAUCAACAUGUACCGUGGGCGGAGCAGGGAGGAGACCAAGCCACAUAUCUUUGCCAUGGCUGACCACGCUUUUCGGAAUCUUAUAGAGGAAGGCACCAACCAGAGCAUCCUCGUGACCGGAGAAUCCGGUGCUGGUAAGACUGAGAAUACCAAGAAGGUUAUCCAAUAUCUAGCUGCCGUCGCCAACUCAGAUACCCCACGCGCAAAAUCGGGAGGACGCAACCUCUCCAACCUCUCCGAGCAGAUUCUACGAGCGAACCCUAUCCUCGAAGCCUUUGGUAACGCGCAAACGGUGCGGAAUAACAACUCGUCCCGUUUUGGAAAGUUCAUCAGGAUCGAGUUCUCUCGCACCGGUCACAUCGCUGGCGCGUACAUAGACUGGUAUCUAUUGGAGAAGUCAAGAGUCGUGCGCCUCAACUCGAACGAGCGCAACUACCACGUUUUUUAUCAGCUGCUGCGCGGCGCACAGGACCAGAUGAAGCAGGACUUUUAUUUGAACAACAAAGACACCGACGACUUUGACUACACUAGACACGGCAACGAUGUAAUUUCCGGUGUGGAUGAUCGCGAGGAGUGGAAUGGCUUGAUUGAGGCCUUCCAUGUCAUGGGCUUUACCGAGAAGGAGCAAUCGGGUAUCUUGAAGACUGUCGCUGCAGUCCUACACUUGGGCAACAUCCGGGCCGUCAAGGAGAGUCGACGGGCAGACCAAGCCACCCUCAAUCUUGCAGCUGAGCAGCAAGCUCAGAUAGUCGCCCAACUACUCGGCAUCUCUGCCGAUGACUUCAUCAAGGCCCUCCUACAUCCUCGUGUCAAGGCCGGCAGAGAGUGGGUUGAAAAGGUUCAGACGCCAGAGCAGGUCAACCUUUCUAUCGAUGCCCUUGCAAAGGGUAUCUAUGAGCGUGGUUUCGGUGACCUCGUCGACCGCAUCAACCGUCAGCUCGAUCAGACUGGUGGCGGCGGUGACGACUCACAUUUCAUUGGUGUCCUUGAUAUCGCUGGUUUCGAAAUUUUUGAUGAAAACAGUUUCGAACAACUUUGCAUCAACUACACUAACGAAAAGCUGCAACAAUUCUUCAACCACCAUAUGUUCGUCCUGGAACAAGAGGAAUACGCUCGCGAACAGAUAGAAUGGAAAUUCAUCGACUUUGGCCGCGAUCUCCAACCGACAAUCGAUCUGAUCGAGUUGCCAAACCCCAUCGGUAUCUUUUCUUGCCUGGACGAGGAUAGUGUUAUGCCCAAAGCCACCGAUAAGAGCUUUACAGAGAAGCUGCAUUCACUAUGGGAUCGCAAGAGCACCAAGUACAAGCGAUCAAUGCUGACUCAAGGCUUCGUUCUCACACAUUACGCUGCUGAAGUAGAGUAUUCGACGGAGAAUUGGCUAGAAAAGAACAAGGACCCAUUGAAUGACAAUGUCACACGUCUCUUGGCUGGUUCCACUGACAAGCAAAUCGCCAACCUUUUUGUGGACUGUGCUGAUGCGGACGAUGGCAUAGGCGGGACUCGUAGCCGUGUCAAGAAGGGCCUCUUCCGUACCGUCGCUCAACGCCAUAAAGAGCAACUGUCUACGUUGAUGACCCAGCUCCAUUCCACACACCCUCAUUUCGUCCGAUGUAUCCUUCCAAAUCACAAGAAACGACCAAAGCAGUUCAGCGCCCCUCUCGUUCUCGACCAACUGCGAUGUAACGGUGUAUUGGAGGGUAUACGUAUUGCACGUACUGGCUUUCCCAACCGACUUCCCUUCGUGGAGUUCCGCCAAAGAUACGAGGUGCUUUGUAGAGAUCUCCCCAAAGGCUACCUCGAAGGGCAAGUGGCGGCGAGCAUGAUUCUCGAAAAGAUCAACCUCGACCGGUCAUUAUACCGUGUCGGAAUUACAAAGGUCUUCUUCAGGGCUGGUGUUCUUGCCGAAUUAGAGGAUCAACGCGAUGCGCUCAUUCGGGAUAUUAUGAUCCGAUUUCAGUCCGUAGCUCGCGGGUUUGUUCAACGCCGCCUAGCCCACAAGCGUCUCUAUCGAGCCGAAGCCACUCGGAUCAUCCAGCGUAACUUCCAGGUCUACCUCGAUUUGCAGUCGAACCCAUGGUGGAGGCUUUUCGCUCGCAUGAGGCCCAUGCUUGGAGCGACACGCCAAGCAGCAGAGGUCAAGAAGCGCGAUGAGAUGAUACACCAACUCGAGGCAAAGAUGCAACGAGAAGCUGAAGAGAAGCAACGGGUCGAGGACGAGCGAAGACGCGCAGAGAUGGACAUCCAACGUAUCCAGAAGACGCUUGAGAGCGAACGUGCGCUCGCGCUUGACAAGGAAGAGAUCUUCAAGCGUCUUCAACUUCGUGAAACUGAGCUCUCAGAGAAGCUUGCUGGUGCUAUCGAAGAUCAGGAUCAACUCGAAGAUCAGUUGGACGCUCUCGUGGAAGCAAAGAAGAGGACUGAGGAGGAGGCCGAACAUAUGCGCAAAGAGCUCGAACAAGCUGGACAGAUCAUCAGCAGACUCGAAAACGAAACACAGGAGCUAGAGGAGCAAAACGCACGGCUAGAUCAGCAACUCAAGGAACUUGAAGUCAUGCAGUCUCAGCGAAGUCAGGCCGAGGAAUCAUUAAGCCAGGAGAUUAAGAUGCUCACGAGCCACUUGAGCUUGAAGGAACGAAAGAUUCAGGACCUUGAAGCAAAACUUCUUAAGACAGAUCAAGACCUUGACAUCAAGCUGGCGGCUUCUCAGAAGGAGGUACAGGCCGGCAAGAACCAGAUCAAAGAACUUCUCGACGAGAACCGACAGAUCCGCCAACAGAUGGCAGAUUUGUCCUCGACGUCUACAAGCUAUGAAGACCUCAUCAGACGUAAAGAGAGCGAGUUGGCGAUUCUAAAGACCGACCUCAAGAACUACGAAAACGACCGACGGCUGUUUGACGACGAAAAGCGGACCUUGGCGUCCAAGCACGAUGAUCUUCAAAGCCGUCUCCGAGACGCGAAGGCGGAACUCGAUGCUGUGCGCUCCCAAAAGCAACAACUAGAACGCGAAGCCGCAGAUGCCAAACGCCUACUCGAGGAGAAGAUUUCCGAAGAUACUCAAUACAGCGAAAGCCGGAAAUUAAUGGAAGAGCAGGUUGAAAGUCUUAAGACCGAGCUUUUUGAUGUACAAAAGGAGCUCAGUCGGGAAAGACAAUCGCGUGACGAUGUCGAGAUGCUUGGCGAACACAAAUACGACACACUCAAGCGUGACUACGAUGCGUUAAACGAAUCGAAGAUCACUAUUGAAAAAGAGAUGUACGCCCAGCAGGAUGUUCUUCGGCGAGCUACGGAGACUCGCACGGCCCAUGAGAAGGAACGCAAAGAGUACCAGACUGAACUUCGCACCCUUCGUGAGAAGUAUUUGAAGUUGGAGGAAGAGAAGCUGGACGCCGAUGCUCAAGCAGAACGCGCGCAGUCAAGGUUAGCUACGGAGCGACAGGCCGUACAACAACUCGAGCUUGAAGCAAAGGAUCAACAACUUGAUCAGCUUGAGGCGGAGCGCGAUGACCUAGCUGAGCAAGUCCACAACUUGACGCAGAUGCUUGCCGACUCAGACUCAUUCAAGGAGCGCAAUGACCAGCAAAAAGAGCGUUUGGAACGCGAGAUAGUCACCAUCAAGGGAAGACUUACGGCAUCAGAGAACGACAACCGUGCACUUCUCAACAAGCUGCAACAAAAGAACUUGGACAUUGCACGGUCCAAUUCACGAGCUAGUGAUACGCAACGUGUGAAGCUCACACAGUUGACUCACGAGAAGUCUAAGGCUGAGGAAGAGAAUAAGCGCCUCUUCCGCCAACUUGAAGACGCACAGCUCACAAUUGCGUCUUUGGAGAAGCAGAAAGAGAAGUUGUCGCUGGAUCUUGAAGACCUCAACCACGAGAUUGCAAGGGAGCACAAGACAAGCCGCAAUGCGGAGAAGGCCUCCUCCACCAUCAAUUUACAACUUGCAGAUGUCAACCGUCAGCUUGAGACCGAGCGCCAGUUGCGUACACAAGCUCAGGCCAACACGCGUGCAGUUCAAACAUCGCUUGAUAACACGAACGGCGAGUUAGAGGAAUGCCAUCGACAACUUAUGCUUCUUCGCAAGGUCUUUGACCCAGACUCGGCCGAUGUUGCAAUCACUUAUGAAGCCGCUAAGCCUGAUAUCGUGAAAACGGUGGAUAUUGCUGAACGCCUCGAGGCUGCCAACCAAGCUUUGCGUGUAGCAGCAGAGCGCUAUUCACGUGCUGAGGCUCAGCUUGACGAGCUCCGGGAAAGGCAUGAGGGCGAGCUCCAUGAUCUGGAUGCACGCCAUACCAAUUCAAAGCGUGCGCUAUUAGAGGAAAUGAACGGCAGCCAAGUCAAUCAAGCCAAUUCUCGUCGAUCGCCUACACACAACCGGAAAGACAGUGAGAACAGGCGACCGUUCUCGAUUACAAACACCCCUCAAAACCAGCGCCACAUCAGCAAUGCGACGAACGAUUCCGCACGUUCUGAUCGAACCGUUGAUACGGUUGCUUUCAACAACCGCAUGGACAUGGCUGCCGAGCUCGAGUUGGUACAGAACCAGUUGCAGAUGUCGGAGAUGCAAAACAAACAUCUCCAAGAUCAGCUUGGACGCUCGCCUAUGCGUAACGACUGGCAAGAUGACAGCCCCUCUGUCAGAAGGGUGCAGAAGUUGGAGCGCGAGAACUACCGUCUGCACGAUAUGCUUGAUGACUCUGCCACCAAGGUUUCUUCACUUGAGCGAAGCCUUCGUUCCGGCCAACUCUCUUACCAGGAAGUUCAGACCAAGUCACACGAGCAACUGUUUGAUCUCUUGACAUCGCAAGAGCAGUCACGUAAAUCCGUUGUACAGGCCCACAACACCGCUAUCAAUGAACUCGCCGACGCCAAGACGGCCUUUGACGACAUCAAGCAGGCCAAGCUCUCCUUGGAGUCUGAGCUUCGCGAGAUGCAGGCUGAGCUUGAAGACAUCACUGAUGAGCGAGAGCUGGAGCACGCGAACCACAACCAACUCCUCCAAGAAUUUGCUGAUCUCCAGAUCCGUUUGGAUAACGAGACAUCGGCCUUGGUUGAUGCACAGUCGAGCUUGAACUUGUACAAGAGCAGGGCCGACGAAUACUUUAGCAAGUUGGAACAAGCCGAGAUUGCCGUAUUGAGAGCAUCUCGUGCAGAACAAUUUGCAAAGUCGCAAGCUCGGGAAGCUGAAGAUACAUGCGCGACGAUCAUGGCAGAGCGGAAAGAGAUGGACGGCAUGGUCGAGGACUUGCAGCGACAAGUCCAGCGGUACGAUGAACGCGUUGAAGACCUCUCGACAGACUUGGAGACGGCUCUGCAAGCCAAGAAACGAUUACAGAACGAGCUCGAAGAUUACAGAAGCCAGCACGCUCACGAUGUUGAAGACAGCGAAACUUCGCUAGAGCAAACACGAAAGAAGUAUCAGUCCGAGCUGGCAUCCCUUACCCAGGAAAUCGACCAAGAGCGCGAGAAUGUCAUCCACGUCCGCGAAGAAAAUGGUCGACUACGGGAAGAAAUUGAGGAGUUGAGAAACAAAUGGGACGAUGAACUGUUGAACUCAUCGACUUGGGCGAAGGAGAAGAGCCGUCUUGAGAUGACGUUGCAGACUAUCUCUAACUCGCGCGACGAGGCCGCCAAUGCGCACAAUGAAGCGCAAUCCAAGAUCGUCAGUCUGCUGUCGCAAGUUCGAAAUCUACGAACCAACGUCGACGACCUCGCAGCUGAGCGCGAUUCCGCCAUUGAGGAAAAGAAGCGUCUCGAGUCGCGUCUCCAAGAGGCUGCAGAUGCGCUCGAUGAACUGUCUCGCUCAGAGUCUCCAGCUAUGCGCAAUGCGGCUGCUUACGAUCGCGACUUGCUAGAGCUCAAGUCCGGCUUGGCACAACAGGAGGACAUUACUGCCGCUGCAGUAGGCAAGAUGCGUCGUGCAGAGGCUCUUGCUCAAGAACUGCAAAAAGAUAUUGUAGCUGAACGGGAAGCGAACGUGAAGCUUCACAAGGACAAGGCUGCUGUCGAGAAGGGGCUGAAGGACCUACAGCUUCGGCUAGUAGAUCUCGAGACGAAGGGCUACAGCGGAUCAGCUGGCAAGGACGUCCGGUUCCUCCAUGGACGUAUUCAAGAGCUUGAAAAGGCCCUCGAAAGCAGCGAAUCCACUCGUCUUUCCGAGUCUCGCAGUGUCCGCAAUGUGGACCGUACAGUGAAAGACCUGCAAACACAAAUCGAGCGUCGCGACAAGCAGAACGCCCAAGUCAUGGACGAUCUUAACAAAUCUCGCGACAAGAUUUCUAAUCUGCUCGCCACUAUCGACGAUCUGCAAUCCUCUGACUCCACGAAUCAACUCGCUGCUAAGCGUGCCGAGCGUGAACUCCGCGAAGAACGAGAGAAGACCCUGCGUCUCGAGCGCGAACUGGAAGGUUGGAAGAACCUGGGGGGCCAGCGCCGCAGCACCCUUGGCCUUCCCGCAGCACCAGGCAGUGAAGCAGGUGGCGAGACGCGUUCAAGGCGAGGCAGUUCGAUUGGCCUCCUGAUGGGGGAGAUGGGCGAAGUAGCCCCCAACGACAAAGGGAAAUUCGGCAGCCUACGCUCCGGCCUCCGUCGUGUCAGUGGCCAAAAGGGUUUUUUGUAG